AUGUGCUUCCUCUACCAGCUCUACUGCUCCCUCGUGUCCUUUCACCAGCACUUGCGCUGCAAGGCGGCAGCAGCAGCCAAACCGUGCACAGCGCCCUCAUCUUACACACGUGUCGACGUGCCCGGCUACGGCAGCAUGUUUCUCUCAGACUCGGAAUCGACCUCGACGUUUGAGAUUGAGUCACCAGAGUUGGACUACGUGAGCGAUCAGCCGCUGGCUGUCUCGGACAUGAACAGCCUGCUGAGCAGCACAAACGAGGAUUCGGCACGGAAAUGCGGCCUGGAGCGCGUAGUACAGGAGAGCACCCGUGGCCGGAGUAUCGAGCCAGUUUCCAUUCUAAUCUAG